CAGUAGGCGUGGCUAAUAAAAUUUAGUGGGUGUGGUUUGGGUCAAAUUACUAUGACAACAAAACAACAUGGCGGAUGAACUACCAGAGAUUCAAGUGGAGGCUCCUGCCAUCAUGGAGCCUGGUGGAUCUGAACUGGAUGAUGAAGAGGUUGGAUCGCUGGAUUCAAGAGCUGGCUCAAGACUGAUGGAUGUUGAGGGAGAUGCUUUUGAUGCUGAUGCACUCUCUGAUGACGUCUCAGACACUGGCUGGGAAACUGACCUUGAAAUAGAAGAGGAGAAGGAGAAAUAUGAUGCCACAGGGCAGAAGAAUUAUGUCAAAGCCUGUGACAGCAUAGGCAUAGUGCCAGCUUCUCAUUUCAUGAGGUGCCUCUCAUCACAAGAGCCAAGCAUUGACCUCAGUCAUCAUUAUGUUGGAGCAAAAGGAGCUAAAGCCAUUGCUGUUGCUCUUAUUUCCAAUACAACAGUUACUAAUCUCAACCUAUCAUACAAUGGGCUCUGUCCUGAAGGAGGUGUUGCCAUUAUUGAUAUGCUGAAAGAGAACUGCUACAUCACUCACCUUGAUCUCUCCAAUAAUGGCAUUGCUGCUACUGGAGCAGUCAUGCUCCUUGAUAUCCUGGCAUCCAAUACAACUGUCACUCAUCUCAAUUUAAGUGGUAGUUCAUUUGAUGACAAAGCUGCUGAGCCUCUUUCUGAAAUUAUCAAAUCAAGUAUUCGUGUAACGCAUCUGAACUUAAGCCACAAUGAGUUAUCUGAAGCUUCUGGUGUCUUGAUUGGAGCAGCAUUAGCUGAAAGUGAAGUACUGCAGCACCUUGACUUGAGCUGGAACUACUUAAGAAGAAAAGGAGCUGUAGCCAUUGCCCAGGGACUAAAGCCCAACCAAAUGCUCAAGAAGCUCAAUCUUUCUUAUAAUGGCUUUGGAACUGAAGGAGCAGUCGCUUUAGCCGAUUCAUUGAAAAUAAAUACAACACUGACACACCUUGACAUCACGGAUAAUCGUAUACUGAUUGAUGGUGUUCGUGCUAUUGCUAAAGUACUGCAGACCAUAGACUCCCUCCAGUCACUAAAGAUUGGACAUAAUCCAAUACAGAUAAUUGGAGUUAUAGCACUUUUAGAAGCUCUGAAAAAUGGAACAAGCUCCGUCAAAUAUCUAGGCCUUGAUGGGAUCACAGUGACUUUAAAUGUGGCCAAAAUAAUCACUGAGAUGCAAGAGGAACACACCGGCCUCGUCAUUACAACUGGAGGUACCGGAGGGUACAAAGAACCACGCCCACUUCCGACCCCAGUGGAAAAAUUGUUUAAAUAUUCAAAAGAAAACAACAUCAGAUUAAGCGACUUAUUCAUAGUCUACGACAAGAAGAAGAGACUAUUUCUGACUGAAGCAGAUUUCAGGGCAUCUCUCAAACAUAUAAGUGCUCCUUUGAUGGAGUUUGAGGUACUCAAGUUACUCAAUGAAUUUGGAAGGAAAGCAACCAAAGAAGACUUUGCAGCUCCUGCAGCUCCCGAGGGAGAAGAAGGAGGAGGAGGAGGAGGAGGAGGAGAGGGAGAGGAGGGAGAAGGAGUAGAAGAGUAUUCUGAUGCUGAUUUAGAAGAAUUGAAAAUUGUAGAGUAUAGGAAUAUACUCCAAGCUAUAGAUGCUCUCGUUCAACAAUAAUAAAUCAAUAUUAUUAUAUUAUUAUAUUAUUUUUGAUUUUUGAUUUCUUCAUGGAAAAAUUCAUUAAUGCAGUCUCAAUAUAACCUC